AUGAAGAGCCGCCGCGAGCCGUAUUUAGCAUUUGUCGGGAACGAGAGCACCCUGUUCAAGUUCUCCCGCUCGUGCGCGGACGUGCUUCGCGAACGCGCAGAUGGGUUCAAGUCAUUCUACUUUCCAAGCUUCGGCUUCUUUCCACGUGAUACAAGGCCCGCUUGUCGUGCCAAGCUGUGCCACGCGCUGCGGCGGUGGGCGAAGUUGGCACAGGCGCGGGAGUUGAGAAGCAGCUGCAGCAGCAGCGCCUCGGCAACAAGCUGCGACGCAAGCUCGCUUGUAUCGAGAACAUUGUUAAGGGAAUCAAAAGCUGACAGCUCCGCUUCUGACGCAAGACAAGGAACAGAGUCGGGCGAUAUAUUAGACUCGUUACAAGCUGAUCCGUUGUCAGAGCAGGAGGUGGAGAAGCAGCAGGCCGCGGGCGUGGGGCAGAUAUGCACGGAAGCGUGGAGGCGGGGCGUGCUAAGGCGGGUGGGCAGCAGCAAGUAUAUCCGGCGACUGCUGGCGGAGGGAGAGACGAGCGUGGCGAACAUCAGUGCGGGUAUUGACGCCGU